AUGAACCUACUCACCUCUGUACUCCUAAUUACCGCCACCCUUUCUGCCAUCUUGGCCAUUAUCUCAUUCUGAGUACCCCAGAUAAAGCCAGACUCAGAAAAACUCUCACCCUACGAAUGCGGGUUCGACCCCCUUGGCUCCGCCCGGCUGCCUUUCUCCUUACGAUUUUUUUUAAUUGCCAUCUUGUUCCUACUCUUCGACCUCGAAAUUGCUCUUCUCCUCCCCCUCCCUUGAGCAAUUCAACUGGAGCACCCCCUAAUCACUUUCGCCUGAGCCUCUUCCGUACUAGCCCUCCUUACCUUAGGCUUAAUUUAUGAAUGACUUCAAGGGGGCCUAGAAUGAGCAGAAU